AUGGAUGAAGCGGGGGAGGAAGCUGUACCUGGAAUGCCAAAGCUUAUGACGUAUAAGGAUGUGAAAAAAAUAUGCAAAGAGAACAACCUAUAUGAAACGGAUGAGCUUAAUGAAGUCUUAUACCUCCACAUGAAAGGGUUUCACAACAUCGAUGGUUUAUCUCCUUUUAAGAAUUUGAAGUGCUUGUUUCUGAACAACAACUGCAUAAAGAAAAUCGACAACCUUGGUGGGCUCGUGAACUUGAAGGCCUUGUACCUCCAAAACAACAACAUCAGCUCGAUCGAAAAUAUCGAAUGUAAUUCCUUAGUAAUUUUGAACUUGUCGAACAACAAAAUAAAAAGGAUAUGCAACUUGGAACAUCUCAAACUGCUUCAAACUUUGAACGUAUCCAACAAUUUGAUUGAAGACAUCGAGGACAUAAAAGAAAUUUGUAAACUCGAAAAUCUCUCCCAUCUGGACCUCUCGAACAACCAGUUAAACGUUAAUAAUGACAUAAUAGAUGUUUCAAAAUUGCAGUAUUUUAUACAUAAAUUAAAAUAUGACUGUUCAGGUGAAAGUUCUAAUUUGAGUGAAGAUAUGAGCGAAAAAAAACUUAAUGAGGUUAACCAGUUUGAUGAAUUUUUGCACUUACGAAACAACUUCCAUGAGGAAGUAAACAAAGAGGAAACUUCGCAAUAUGUGAAAUAUCAUCAAAAUAUAGAAUCCAUGGACCAUGCCACUAAAAAGAAAAUUUUAUUUUUAUGUGAAUUCAUCGUUUUGUUAAGAAAAAUAAAAAAUCUAAAAACUUUGCUGGUUAAGAAUAAUCCAUUCGUUAGCAAAAUUAGACAUGCCUCCAAAUAUUUGGUAGCAAACAUCCCAAAUUUAAUAUUUCUAGACGAUAAAAAAAUAAAGAAAGAAGACAUAUGUCUUGCAAGAAUAUUUUUAAAAAAGGGAUCUACAGAAGAAAUGGAACUCAAAAAAAUAUUCGAGAAAAGGAAAAUGGAAAAGUACAAAAAUCUGUCGAAAAAGUUCCAUUCCUAUCUGCUCACUAAACAGGAAGGAGGGGAUUAA